AAAAUCGGCCUUGCAUUUAAUUAAUUGUGUAGGAAUCUAUUUAAUAUGGAAUAUCCUUAAAAUUUGGUUUCCUUCCUUUCAAACCUUGGAAAACGAACAAAAUUCGCCUCGACCUAGCUUCGAAAGAGGGGCAGGAGAUUACGAAAUAGUUUUGAUUAUUAAGUUAAUGACCUACCGUCAGAGGUAGAACUGCACGUAUUCAUUUAGAUUUAUCAAAAACAAGUUUUUGCGGUGGAACAUAUGAAAAACAAAAUUUCUUACUAGCCUGAGGUUUAUUAUUUUGCAGUCAGUAGUUCUCAAAUGUCCUUCGGUAUUUCCUGAGGCAAAUUUACUGCGCGUAUUUCUACGUUGGCGCUACAAUUAUGGGUGAGCUAAGUUGGGGAGUUGAGUUGUGGGAUCAAGUAGAAAAUCUUUUCAGACAUGAAAGUGAUCAAAUUGGAUUAACUGAGUCUUAUUUCAAACUCCUUUCUGAUGUUCAAAAAUUACAGCAUGAAUUUGGAAAAAAGCUCAGAAAGACUGUCUCGAUAUAUUUGCCCAGAAAGAAGCCAGAUGUUGAUGAACUGUCUUCCGUGUUAACAUACUCAAGUAUAGUGCCGCAAAUUCUUGAAAUGGGUGUUGCACACGAGGCUAGUUCUAAAAAGCUCAAUGAAUCAGUUAUCAACCAAUUGAAAGCCCAGGUCGAGAACGAAAAAAGGGCUUUAGAUAAACAACGUUCGCAUUGGUUAAAGUUAAAUGGAUCAAUCGAACAGUCACGUAAGCAGUUGGAGUUGAGUUGGCAAAAGUACGUGACCAGUUUCAAAGAAAAACAGAAAGCACACGAAGUUUCGGAGAAAGCCCAAAGUGAUAUUCAGUUGGCACGAAUUGAUCAGCAAAAAUUUGAUGCUCUUUACCAAAGCAAAUUGCAAUCCUUCGAUCAAACUAGUCGAAAUUAUGCUGAUGAGUUGGCGAAGUACAAUACAGCAAAUCGACGCCAUUUUACAACUGACAUAGUGGCUUUUGUAGAUGAUAUGGAGUGUUCAAGUCGUUUGAGAAAUGAACGUGUUCGUGAACUUUUGACAAUGGUUACGCGUAUAAAUGAAGAAACAAUAGCCAAACUUACAAAUUGUAAUCGAUUAAUUUCGGAGGCUGUCUCUGCUCUUGAUUCUUCACAUGAUGCAGCUGAGGUAAUAAAACGAUUACAUACAGAUGAACAACCUCCAGCUGAUUUACCUUUCCUUGACUUGGAUAAAUGUCCUCCAAGUAUUUUAGACGGUCCUACAUCCGAUUUAGGUGCUUUAAUUCUGGGUGUUGAGUCUGCAGCUAGUUCAAAUCAAUUAAGUAAUUCAGGAAGUGCUAUUUCAAUUCCGAGCAGUGGAAUGAUGAGUGGUUUCAUUCGUUCUGCUCACAAAAAUUCAAAGGAUGAUUACCCGAGUUUACGUUCACCAUUCAUAUGUGGUAUUAGUAUUAAAAGUAUUAAAAACUCAGAUCUGACUAUCAGACAAGUUGCUAAUCGACUGAAGGUAUUGAAGGAGUUGGUUGUCAAGACUGAAAAUGAACUGCGAAGUACUGAUCGUAUGAUUGAAUCUUGUCGGACAAAUCCAAAGUUUGGAGAUAUGGAUUGUUUAGUUCGAGCUGCUGCUAUUUAUACCAGACGUUUGAAUUCCCUUAGGCAACAUGUUAAGGAGCAUGAAAUAAAAUUCAAUAAUUUAGGUGGUGAUGUAGCCUAUGCAAAUGCUGAAUCAAUAGCUGAAGGGCUUAGUUCAUCUGCUGUGAUCAAUACUAAUACAAAUACCUCGAAAAAUGUAAAUAAUAAUAAAUCAUUCGACGAUGAUGAUGAAAGCGAACAUUCAUUUGAUUCAGAUCAGGAAGACGCUAAUGGUAGUAAUAAUAAUCAUUAUCAUCAUAAAGAUGAUCCGACUGCAAACAGUAAUUCAGAUAUACAUUCAGGAAAUCGAUAUGUAGGCUAUGCUUCUGCUCUAUAUGAAUAUGAAGGUGAUGGGAGUACUUAUUUACCAACAAAACCAGGAGAAUUGUAUUAUGUCGUGAGUGUAGACUCGACUAAUUCUGGUUGGACAGCUGUAGUAUCUGAAGAUGGUACACGUCAAGGUUUUGUUCCAACUGGUUAUAUUAAUUUAACAUUAUACUGAUGAAAAGAUAGUUCUGUUUUCACCUCUCUCUCUCUCUUCAUUUCUUUGUCUAUCAGUUGGUUAUUGUUCAUAUUAUGAUGAGAGUAGUUCAUUUCCCCUAAUUAACCUAGUGAUUAUGCAAUCGUUUUGUUUAUUUUUCUUUUUUUCUUUACACAUAUUAAUAUUAACGAAAGUAUAUCAUGAUUUGUACAUUUAUUCAACUGAAUUUAUUAUCCAUACUGUAAUCCCUAUUAUUAUUAUUUAUGACGCCUAAUAUCAUCAUUAUUUUUAUGUUAUACCUAAGUAUACUUAAAACUGCAAAGUAAAAGAUUAUUUCUAUUCAACUACUGCACAGUUAUAUAGCUCCAUUAGAAUGUUUUGGGUUCAUUUUUUUUGUUUUUCAUCUUCAGUUUUAUCACUUUUUUCCGUCCAAUAAGUUUUUUCACUUUUCUUUUUCACACACACACUGUUUUUCAACCAUGCAAAUAAUUAUGAUGCAAUAUUGAUUAUUAGAUUUUUUGUGUGACCUUUUGCUCCAAGAUCUUAGUGCCUUACAUGUACAUUCAGGUAUGCCGUAUUCUCUACAUUAGCUAAUGAAACUUUUGUUACUUUUCUGUUUACCUUCUAAGGAAGUUUAUACAUAGUGAAUAAAUGAUUAUUGUUUAAUGCUUUAAUGACCACAUUUUUCAUAUGAUAAUAAUUUUAUCAGUCUGAAGCAAUCUUGUAUCGGUUUAUUGAUUAUGUAGUUCUUUAUAUCUCCCUCCUGAUCCUAAUGAUGACUAAGGAAGGAUAUGUACCUUGUCGAUUUCACCAAUGUUCACAUAUCCCCUUGUUGGUCCUUUGUACGCAUGUAUGUGUGUGUGGCAGUACUCAUUCCCAUAGAUCAUCAAUUAUUUGUCAACCACCAGAACACAAUAGACGAUCACAUUUGUAUGGUUUGUGUGAUUAGUGAUUUUCAAAUGUUCUAUUCUGAUCCCUUCUCUCAUGGACGAUGGAUGACAACACGCUUAUCCUCACACAAACAUUCAUCAUACACAGAAAUAUAAAAAUUAUUUUAUAAAAUAUUGUUCAUCUAUCUAUUCAGCCAUUUUUAUUGCUAUUACCACUAGACACGUAUAUGGCAGUCUCCGGCACGCUUAUAUCUUAUAUUUUCACAACUGCUGAAGUCUAUUUUCCACUCCAUAUAUAUUCAUAUAUACAUACCUCAGUUUGAUUUCAUUUUUAUGAUGACUCUAUUAUAAAAGUUUAAUUAUUUCACCUAAAUAUUGAAAAGAAUUUUUACAAGUAUAUAUAUAUAUCUACACCUGCACAAUUGUAUUUAUGUGUGCGUAAUUUGUUAUUCUGAAGAUUUUGUUUUCCUCUUCUGCUUUUGUUUUCACAUUUUGUCUUCGUUUUUUUUAACAAAAAUAAUAUAUACUACUAACAGCAAGGCAUGAAAAGUGCGCGCGUGUUUGUCUUUUGAUUUGAUAAUUUAGAAGGAUUGAUGUUGUUGUAUAUUGGACGG